UUGCCGUGGCAGACCCCUCAGAGUGGCCUGCGCGGACCUGAAAACCUGCAACUGAGCAAAAGCCUGAAAAACUGCGCAUUACGCACGAAGAGUUAACGUGUAAACCAGAGGUUAAUCUUCUCCCGCCGUGCUAAAAAUCAACAAAGAAAACGCCAUAAAGCUACAGAAAGAGCCUCGAUGGUCUGAACCGCGCUGAGCUUUGGCGACGAGAGGCUCACCAAGAGGGAAUAACGAUUCAUUACGCUAUGGACUUGCUGAAGUUUUCCAAGAAACUCUGGAGCGUUCGCAAACAGCUGAUUGUCCUCCUCACGCCUCUGCUGCUCCUGCCUCUGCUCUUCGUCCUACCGGCAAAGGAAGGAAAAUGUCUGUAUGUGGUGCUCCUGAUGGCAUUUUUCUGGUGUACAGAAGCUCUCCCACUAGCAGUGACUGCCAUGCUGCCCGUCUGUCUCUUCCCCACCAUGGGCAUUCUGCCCUCCAAAAAGGUCUGCCCUCAGUACUUUCUGGAAACUAACUUUCUCUUCCUGAGUGGGCUGGUGAUGGCAUCAGCGAUUGAAGAGUGGGGCCUACAUAAACGCAUCGCCCUCAAGGUGCUGAAGAUUGUUGGAGUGAAACCAGCCUGGUUGAUUUUGGGGAUGAUGCUCACAUCCUCUUUCUUGUCCAUGUGGCUGAGUAACACUGCUACCACAGCCAUGAUGCUGCCUAUUGCGAAUGCCAUUCUAGAGAGCCUGUUCGGUGACCUGGAGACCCUUAAAGAGAACGCCAAAGUUAAGAAUGACCCUGAAGGCCAGUCUCAGGUCAAGCUGCAUGUGUUGCCAUCAGAAAAGCACACCCUGACUGGAGAUGACAGGGCUGAUGGAAUGGAGAGAGGAGAUCAGAGAAGCCCAGAGGAGGUCAGGAAAGAAGCAGAAUAUCAGCUGAAAGUGUGGAAAGGAUUCCUUAUCUGCAUCCCCUAUGCUGCCAGCAUAGGGGGGACGGCCACCCUAACAGGAACAGCCCCUAAUCUCAUCCUCAUCGGGCAGAUGAAAAGUUACUUUCCAGAGUGUGACUUGAUCAAUUUCGGCUCGUGGUUUAUUUUCGCUUUCCCGCUCAUGAUCAUCUUCCUUUUCGUUGCAUGGAUCUGGAUUUCCUUCCUUUAUGGGGGACUCAACACUCGAUUGUGUAUAAACAAACAUGAUGACCGAGCAGCUGCAGAGGCCAAAGCUAGAGCGGUCAUUGAUGAAGAUUACAAAAAGCUUGGACCCAUCAAUUUUGCAGAGGGAUCCGUUUCAUUCUUCUUUAUUCUGUUUGCCAUCCUCCUGUUCACCAGAGACCCUAAAUUUGUCACAGGGUGGUCCAUAUUCUUCAACAAAGGGUACGUGUCGGAUGCCGUCACCGGAGUCAUCAUCAUCUCUAUCCUCUUCUUCUUUCCAUCCCAGCGUCCCUCGCUGCGCUGGUGGUUCAAUCCCCGAGCCUCUAACACUCCAUAUGUGCCCCUGCUGUCAUGGAAAAGAGUUCAAGAGUGUGUACCGUGGAACAUUAUCCUUCUGCUGGGUGGAGGCUUCGCCAUGGCUAAAGGCUGCGAGGAGUCUGGCCUGGCUGCCUGGAUCGGAGGGCAUUUACAGCCACUAGCUCAGGUUCCUCCCGCGGUAGCUGUGAUUCUGAUCACAGCCUUCAUCGCUUGCUUUACUGAGUUUGCCAGUAACACCGCCACCAUCAUCAUCUUCCUUCCGGUCAUCGCUGAACUGGCCAUCCGCGUGAAGGUGAACCCUCUGUACUUCAUGAUUCCAGCAACAAUUGGCUGCUCAUAUGCAUUCAUGCUUCCUGUCUCAACUCCACCUAAUUCUAUUGCCUUCGCUUCUGGACACCUCAUGGUCAAAGACAUGGUGAAGACUGGCUUUAUGAUGAACAUUCUGGGCAUUGUGUGUGUGUCUCUGGCUAUGAACACGUGGGGGCUGCACAUGUUCACUUUACACACCUACCCGGACUGGGCCAGACCCCUUAACUCUACAGUGCCUAUGUCUACAGUUGCUCCAUUUAAUGUUACUAUGUAGGCAGUAUACAUACAUAAAACAUGCAAACAUAUACAUAAUGGAGCAUAGAAAACCCAAUUCUAUCAAAAUGGAUUCACGUGCAUUAUGCCAAAAAGAAUAAUAUGCUCAAAUGAUAUCUAUAUUCGUAUUGGGGUUUUUUUUCUUGUUGUUGUUUUUUUUACAAACAUUACAUAGAACUAUAAACCUGAUGACUUUUAUAAUCGUACAUACCCGAUUCCACAUUCAACAAAGGUUGGGACAGUAUGUUAAAUGCAUAUAAAAACAGAAAGCAGUGAUUUGUAAAUUAAUUUUGGCCUUUAUUCAAUUUUUUGUAUUGUUUGUAAAUAUAGGAUCAAUAUAAAACUCACUCUUUUAUUUACAUUUUACCCUCUAUGUUUUUGCCAUUAUGUUUGUAUUCAUCAAAAAGAAAAUCAGCCCUCCCACGUCUAUGUAAUUAUUCUAUUACAGUAUUAAAUACAAAAAACUGUCAUACACUUUUAUAAAUCAAUGUUUGAUUUAAUUUGAUUAGGAAAAUAUUUGUAUUGGUCUAUAAACUAUACUAGGCCUCUACCCGGUUUAAAUAAAAGUUGUUCAGUUAUGGAUUUUUUUCAUGCAAUCCGUAGCCAGACACUAGUGUUCUACACCAGUUUACCUGCUAGUGAAGGUAACGCUGACCAUUUGCUUUCAUCUAGUUAGCAGAACUGUUUAACAUAUAUCAGUUGUUUGAUAGUGUGACAUUUAUUGAAUAAAGCCUUGAAAAUUAUCAAAUCAACUAUGCAAAGUAAACUAUUUUUUCGAUUUACAGUAAAAAUAACACUAGAUGAACGGCAAAAAGUAUUAAAAAUGAAUUCACUACAACCUCCCACACCCUCCAGGUGCUGCGGUAGCACCACACAUACUUCUGUAAUUUCUGGAGACAGUCCAAAAGUAAUUAAAAAAGGGGAUACCACCCAACAAUGACUAUUUGUUUGCACUGUCCCUUUUUUUUGUCUUUGUGGUCCCCCGAGGUCCCUGGCAGUCUGGCAAGCACUAGCGCUGGCCCCAAUAAUCCAUCCCUGUUCCAUGGCCGCUGCAGUGUUUGGACAGUCUCAAAAAAUUGAACAAAAAGUGUGUAAAUGUUGUAUAAAGAAUGAAAUAAAGGGUAAAACAAAGAAACAAAACACCCAGUUUAACUGUUACCAUGUCUGUUUUCCACAGAAUCCUGUUACCAGCAGAUUCCUAACACUAUGUGCUGAUUUUAACAUUAAAAUGGUUCUUCACACUCAUCUUGCAAAUAACAUAAAAGGAACUGAA